GGUGGUGAAGAAAUAAACCCUUGCUUUGAGUCGUGGUCCAGAUACCAUACACGUUAUUGCGUACGCGCAUGCGUGCGUACGUACGUGUCUGUGUGCGUUUUAUGUCAUCGCAACCGGUGCACUUCCUACAUCCGGGUAGGCGAUUUGUUGUUGCAGGUGCAUCUGUGUAUCUUCUGACACCUCAUUACUCGGAAGAUAGCCAUGAUGCUCGGUGGCCGUGGGCUGGGAGUGUUGGUGCAGAUGUUGUGUGCACAGCUGCUCUGGGGCCGUGUGUGGGGCUCUGAGCUCACCUUCGAGUUGCCUGAUAACGCCAAGCAAUGCUUCUACGAGGACAUCACCAUCGGGACGAAGUGCACCCUGGAGUUUCAGGUUGUGACCGGGGGCCACUACGAUGUCGAUUGUCGCCUGGAGGAUCCGGACGGUACAGUUCUCUACAAAGAAAUGAAGAAGCAGUACGACAGUUUUACGUUCACUGCUGCAAGAAAUGGAACGUACAAGUUCUGCUUCAGCAACGAAUUCUCUACCUUCACACACAAGACUGUCUACUUCGACUUCCAAGUCGGCGACGAUCCUCCACUUUUCCCCAACGAGAACCGAGUGACCGCUCUGACACAAAUGGAAUCGGCGUGUGUCUCCAUCCACGAAGCCCUGAAGUCUGUGAUUGAUUACCAGACCCAUUUCCGACUGCGGGAGGCGCAGGGGCGCAGCAGAGCAGAAGAUCUGAACACCAGGGUUGCCUUCUGGUCCAUUGGGGAGGCGUUUAUACUCCUGGUGGUCAGCAUCAGUCAAGUCAUCCUGCUCAGGAGCUUCUUUUCAGACAAGAAAACCACAACAACCCGCGUCGGAUCCUAACAUCUCCAAGUCAUUGUUAUUUUUGAUCCGUGUUUCUCGAGCACACACACACACACACACACACACACACACACACACACACAAGGGACUAAAGGCUAUUGCCAUGGUUCAUUUUCCAAUUUUAGAGCUACAUACUUAAUGUUUAUUUAAAGAUGUAUCUGUUUGGUUUUACAUCUUCUAGGCGUGUGUAUGGAUUAAUAUUCAUAUCCAAGAAACGAUAUUUUCAGUGGUUAGGAAGCAAACCUCUUAAUUUAUUGUGCAGGUGUGUUUAAUUUUUACACUGCUUUCUUUAAUUGUCCAAAAAAAGGGGGCUACUUAACACACACUUAGCACUGCAGAUCUGUUAAUGAGCGCAUGUUUGGGGCCGCUGAAAGAUCUGAUUCUUUGUGGUGCUUAGAAAUCAGCAGAAGUAUUAGAUGAGUAUCAUCAGAUAUUUUCAAAAGCACGCUAGAAACGCACUGGGAUAACCUCGUUAUUUGAAACGGAGCCUGUUUUCAUACUUUCAGUUUAGUACUUUGCGUUUGGAUGCAAAUGUUCAGUCUUUAUUUGGGUUUUUUAUUGAUCUGAAGACAUUCUUUUUGUUCUGUCAUCCGUUUGCUGUGGCUCUGCUGUUACAUUCUUAAUGGAAGCUUGUUUUUGAACAGCUGGAUUUUUGUCCCAUAAUUUGCAGAAUGUAUAAUUAAUGAACAGCGCAUUAAAAAAGAAAAUUAAUAAGGACUGAAGUGUAGUCCUAUAUAUUGACUGAUUUAUGUAUGAAACAAAAACUGAAUGGUGGUCAUACGAAUGUUAUUUGCUCACAGGUGAAGUUGACAACGUAGUCACUCCAGAUGGUUUGGCAUCGAGUUUGAGCAGGUUUUUGACUGUGUAAAUACAGUCCUUUUUCUGAGUAUACACUACCCUGCUGUUUCAGGCGUGCCUGUCAUCAGAUGUAAGGUAGUGAUCAAGUGUGUUCAGGAACACUGCAUGGUAGUGAAUCUCACUGACUACCUGUAUAUGAGAAAAGGAACUUCAAGUCUGUGGCUGGAGAGCUUUAUUUGUUCGACAGUUUAGAAUUGAAGCUAAUACGAUUGCAGCUGCAUGCGUCAAAUGAUCGUCAGAUGCAGCCACCGAUUGGAUCUAAAUAAAUAAGCUAAAUAAAAGCACCAGUUGGUGUGAGUUUUUGUGUUUAGCUAAUAUGUAAACUUUUCUGAUGAUAUACUUGGUAUUUUGUGUUUAAAAAUAUAGUUUGCAAUGAUUAUAAUUUAGACUUCUAAUAAAAAUGAUUCGUAUCAUAAGGCCUGUUGGUUUUAAGUGUGGGUUAAGUAGCAGGUUUUACUUUUUUCAUAUAUGGUUGUCUAAAGCAUUGUGGUCACAGUUUUUUUUGUUUUUUGUUUUUUACUGUCUUCACAGGAACUAUAUUCUGUGCGUGCUAGUGUUUGCCUUGGGUUCCCUUUUUUCUUCCAUUUUCACUUUUUUCUCCAGUAAUCAUAUUAUUUCAAGAUACUCUUCAGAAUUAAAAAAUUGACAUUGUUUAACUACAUCCAGUGAAAAAAAAGAACAGUGAUAUCUUAUGUACAAAAUGAAUAAAUCUGGAACACGUGAUCUCGUCUUGCCGGUCUCUUGGAUGUCGUGUGAAUAGUGUGGUUGUACUGCUUUUCUUUUACCACCAGGGGGCAAUGUGUGCAAAUAUAGAUUAAACUUCUAAGAAGA